AUGCUGAAGCGUACUAAAUACAGUCGACUGCGCAACGAUUCUCCAACAUCUCUGGAGGAGAACCCCCAGGGAAUGUUGCCCCUGAAGCAGGACCUCUGCUUAGACUCUGAAUUCAGUCAGCUGGGACUUGGGAUAACUACACACCACGGACCAUCCACCCUGAGGGAUUUCAUCCCCCGCAUGGCCAACAUCCGACUGCAAAGCCCUAUUUCCCGGCAAGGCCUAAAAGGACAGACAGACACAGCCAGAGGCAGAAGCAUCAGUGCCCCUACUGACAAACCCUUGUCCAGAACAGAGUGGGGUUCAGGAAGUAAUGAGAGAUUUUGCACUCACGCUUCCCUCAACGCUCCCCUAUCCACGGGCCAAAAUCUAAUUCACCCUGCUUUGCUCUGCACAAAAAGACCUAUCACCCUACAACGGAUGGCAAGCCUUCCUUGGACCCCUGGAUAUCCUCCCUGCUCACAUCACAGAGGUGGUCUGUGCUGUGUGAAGAUUUCCUCUGCAAAAGGUGAUCGUACAGUGGUGGGGACAGGAAGCAGAGCAGUUCACCAUCACAUCAAGUACAUGGGUAGUGUGGAAGUGACCCAGUCCAUGAGAACCCUUGACUUUGAUACAAGAAUGCAAGUUACACGAGAGGCAAUCAGCAGACUUUGUGCGAGGACAUUGCUCAAAACAGCAGUGAAAACUAAAAGGCCUGUUUGCAAGGGACUGUCUUCUGUUCUGGGUCAGACAAACCUGCAGUUUUCUGGAAGAAGGAUCAUCCUCACUGUCUCCACCGACAGUAUGACUCUAAUCGCUGCCUCGUCCUUACAGAAGAUUGCCCACCACCCCAUGCAGACCAUUUCAUUUGCCUCCGGUGGAGAUUCAGACAUGGCAGAUUACAUUGCUUAUGUAGCUAAAGACCUUGCCAAUGACAGAGCCUGUCACAUCCUGGAGUGUCCCGAGGGUCAAGCCAAUGAGGUUAUCAACAGCAUCGGUCAGGCCUUUGAGACACGCUUCCGCCACCUUCUCAGCCAGACACCAUCGGUCCUGUCCACCAGUUCCAGACCGGCACUGAGAAUCUGUCACAAAUGGUGCCCAGAAGAGUUAAUAAUAAACCAAAAGGCAAACCGGGAAGGAGAAUUCAGUGAACACCGUGACUACUACAAUGUGAACCCAGGAGACCCAGGUGGAAUAAAAGACUUUCAGGUCACAGAAGAGGAGAGCAAAGAAGAUGCUAACAUUCACAGGGUCUGUUUCCCUGGGCCUGUUUCCCUUUAUGAGAACUGCUCCAUCACAGAUGAGACUCCAGCUCCACCUGCAGAUUUAGAGCAGUCUGAGGUCAAUACUGAACAACGCUCUCUGCUCACUGAGACGCGGGUCCAGAAGCUGAUCCAGGAAGAAGGAUGGUUCCACGGCAGGUUGGGAAGAGAGCAGGCGGAGUCGCUUCUCACCUGUAGCGGAGAUUUCCUGGUCAGAGAGAGCAGCUCUGCCGCCGGUCAGUAUGUACUCAGCGGUAUGGAGGGAGCUACUGUGCGACACCUACUGCUGGUUGAUCCACAUGGACAGGUGCGGACCCGUGAUCAGGUGUUUCUGAGCGUUGGCCACCUGGUGCGAUUCCACAUGGAGAAUCAGAUGCCCAUUGUUGCUGGAAGCAGCGAGCUGUGCCUGAAACAGCCGAUCCUGCAAACACACAAACAUUCACAGACUGCCAGAUGCAUGGUCUUGAAUUAGCAGUGGUUUUUGAGAUGAAACACAGAGAGGCCUAGCAACAACAAAAAGAAGAAGAAGAACUUUUAAACCUUUAAACACUUUCAGCUGCCUCAAGAGAAGAGCACCCCUGGACAUAAUUUCCAGUGAGCUGUGAUCAUUUUUCCAAACUGUUGGGACAAUUUUGCAUUAUUUGCCCAUUAUAUUAUUUACUGUGUGUUUUGUUUUUUGUUUGAGUAAACUCUCAAGUCACUGCUUGUGCCUGUAUUGAGAACAGCCUUUGGCCUGCAGAACAUCCUGUCUCGCUCUCAGGCAGUUUGCUAUUAUUUACUCAGUGUCUCAACACAGUCUCUGGUGUUGGCAGGAAAUAACCAGAAUGUUGGCAGGCUUUCCAAAUCCUUUUCUAUAUACUAUAUUUGUCUCAUGCUCAUUAGUUUUGAUUUUCUUUUGUUUUCGUUCCCACUUUCCAUGCUUAACUUGAGAAAAAUAACUUUUCAUCCCACUUGUUUGUUGCAUACUGAAUAUGAAACUGCAGUGGUCUUUGUAUCUAGAAGCCCCAUUUAGGUCCACAUUACAUGUGGUUAAACACAUCUUUGGGUCUUUUACACAAGUGAUUAAAUCGGAUUUUGUUGGUGAUUUAUUUGACGUUAAACCUCUAACCAGAAUAACAGAACUUUGUUUUGAAAUCGUGUUGCAGUCCAUCCAAGAGUUCCAGUCAAUUCACGCCACAACAAAAAGAUAUCAAACUAAUGGAAUUAGCUUCGAGUGACUAGGGAUUGUACCACAAAAUAAACA